AUGGAUAAUCCAAUUUUGGAAACGUAUAGCAUCUUUUGGCUAGAUGCUUCCGUUGACAAUAAAGAAAAUACGAUUGCUCAAAAGAAGUUGCGCGAUAUCAUUGAUCAAGUACGAACAUUUGUGAACCCGGAAGAAUUCUUGAAAUAUGUUCAUCUCAUUGAACAAGGGGAUCUUGCCAUCCUGAUUGUAAAAGCUGUUUGUACUAAACUUGAUGAAUUACUCGAAGUAAUUAGAUUCGAUCAAAGGCAUCGAGGUCGACAUGAAGAAACAAUCGCCAUGGACAUUUUGGACCGUAGUGCAACUGAGCUUAAUGAUAACUUCCUUCAUGACGGACUGUUGAUCGAUGUUUUAAUUAGAAUGAAGCCGAAUGAACAAGACCAGAAGGAAUUAAUCGAAUUAUCGGGAAAAGAAUAUGAAGGUAAUAAAGUUGAAUUAAAAUUGACCAAAGAAUUUCAGAAAGAAUAUACUUUGGAUCGUGCUAUAUGGUGGUACACACGCGAAUCGUUUGUGUAUCGUUUAUUGAAUAAAGCAUUGCGUGUACGUAACAUUGAGAUGUGUGAGAAGCGUGUGACUGUUUAUCGUGAUCAAAUAAUGUCGGGUGAUGAAAUAAAACAAUUUCGAAAAUCAGUUGGAAGUAUCAUUUCAUUAAAUUCGUUUCUAUCGAUAUCCUUGAAACGUGAGGUAGCUCAAGGAUUUGUAAGACAAAGUAUGGAAUCAUGUAGUUCGAGUAGUGGUAGUGUAGGUGUGACAUGCGAUUCGGAGGAUAAUAAUCGACGGCCAUUUGCACAAAUUGAUGGAUUGAGUUAUUAUGGCGGUGGUGAAAGAGAGAUAUUGUUUAUGGUUGGUUCAAUAUUUCGUUUGGAACAUACUAGUGAAGAUAAAUUAGUAGCUGAUGUGAAAAUAUAG